AGUUCUGUGAUCAACUCCCAAACUUAUCACGCGUUCCUUACUCCCCAAACUUAUUCAUUACAAACAAACAAACCCCCAACCAAACACCCUUCCGACAGAUCUCCGGCAUCUACCACCACCCUCUCCCUUCAAUCCAAUCCAAUCCAAUUCACCCAAUCAAACCUCCAUUCAGAUCCGCCACACACUCACUCAUCCAAUUCCGUUUUCAAAUCUCAAAAAUCCACUGUUUAAUUUGUUAUCGUUACUUCUAAUUCAUGACGGAGAUGUUCCGAUUCCAGCAAGAGAAGAUCAGAAAACGACUCUGAUUAUCGUUCGUUUUGCAUACGUAUUUGAUUAAUUGUUUGUUUGUUUGUUGUGUAUUGUUAUUAUUGUUAUUGUUGUUGUGUGAUAUGGCCGAUGCUUUAUCUGCCAUUCCGGCAGCGGUGUUGCGGAAUUUAUCGGAUAAGUUGUAUGAGAAGAGGAAGAAUGCUGCGCUUGAGGUUGAAGGAAUUGUGAAGAAUUUGACCGCCGCCGGAGAUCAUGAUAAGAUUACUGCUGUGAUUAAUUUGUUGACUCAUGAGUAUACGUACUCGCCUCAGGCGAAUCACCGCAAGGGAGGGUUGAUUGGCUUGGCUGCGGCUACUGUUGGAUUGAGUUCUGAAGCUGCUCAACAUCUCGAGCAAAUUCUACCACCAGUGAUAAACUCUUUUUCUGAUCAAGAUAGCAGAGUUCGUUACUAUGCCUGUGAAGCUUUAUACAAUAUUGCUAAGGUUGUUAGAGGCGAGUUCAUUUUUCACUUUAACAAGAUAUUUGAUGCGUUGUGUAAGCUUUCAGCCGACUCAGAUCCCAAUGUACAAAGUGCUGCCCAUCUUUUAGACAGACUUGUGAAGGACAUUGUUACGGAGAGUGAUCAGUUCAGCAUCGAGGAAUUUAUACCGUUGUUGAGAGAGCGGAUGAAUGUUUUGAACCCUUACGUCCGCCAGUUUUUGGUGGGAUGGAUUACGGUAUUGGACAGUGUUCCAGACAUAGAUAUGCUGGGCUUUCUUCCAGAUUUUCUUGAUGGUUUGUUUAACAUGUUAAGUGAUUCCAGCCUUGAAAUCAGGCAGCAAGCUGAUUCAGCACUUUCAGAGUUCCUUCAAGAGAUAAAGAACUCUCCGUCUGUAGACUAUGGUCGCAUGGCUGAAAUACUUGUACAGAGAGCAGCUGCUCCUGAUGAAUUUACUCGUUGGACAGCAAUAACAUGGAUAAAUGAGUUUGUAAAACUUGGUGGAGACCAGCUUGUACCUUAUUAUGCUGAUAUAUUGGGAGCUAUCUUACCCUGCAUAGCUGACAGAGAAGAGAAAAUACGAGUUGUAGCGCGUGAAACAAACGAAGAGCUUCGUGCAAAUCAGGCAGAUCCUGCUGAAGGAUUUGAUGUUGGAGCAAUUCUCUCCAUUGCAAGGAGGCAGUUAUCAAGUGAGCACGAGGCUACUCGAAUCGAAUCAUUGCACUGGAUUUCAACCCUUUUAAAUAGACAUCGUUCAGAGGUCCUCACUUUUCUGAAUGAUAUUUUUGACACACUUCUGAAGUCACUAUCAGAUCCCUCUGAUCAGGUAGUGCUCCUGGUGCUUGAGGUGCAUGCCGCCAUAGCAAAAGACCAGUAUAACUUCGGACAGCUUCUCGUUUUCUUAGUUCAUAAGUUCCAGACGGAUCACACUCUCCUGGAAAGGCGUGGUGCUUUAAUUAUUCGUCGCCUUUGUGUGCUUUUAAAUUCUGAAAGAGUUUAUCGGGAGCUCUCUAAGAUUCUUGAGGGGGAAGCAGACCUGGAUUUUGCAUCCACUAUGGUUCAGGCAUUAAAUUUGAUUCUGCUUACGUCUUCUGAGCUAUCUGACCUACGGAAUCUUUUAAAACUGUCUCUUGUUAAUGCUGCUGGGAAAGACUUCUUUCUUUCACUAUAUCCUUCAUGGAGCCAUUCAUCAAUGGCUAUAAUAAGUCUCUGCUUAUUAGCACAGGCUUACCAACAUGCAAGUGCAGUCAUUCAAUCUCUAACCGAGGAAGAUAUCAAUGUCAGAUUUUUAGUCCAGCUGGACAAACUGAUUCACCUCUUGGAGACUCCGACUUUUGCUUAUCUUAGGUUACAGCUUCUUGAACCUGGAAGAUACAUACUGUUGUUAAAAGCUCUUUAUGGUCUUCUUAUGCUACUUCCUCAGCAAAGUGCUGCGUUUAAGAUUUUAAGGACUCGUUUAAAGACAGUACCUUCUUAUUCCUUCAACAAGGAGCAACCGAAUCAUAUCUCAGAAGAUGGUAGCAUGAAUGAGGAGAAUGGAAUAGAUUUUGAAUAUUGGCUAAAACGGUUUCAACACACGCAACAGCAGCAUCACUUACAUUCAAAAUCACAAGCACUGUCUGGCAACAUUCCCAUUUCCGCAAAGGAGGCCCAAAAGGCCGAAGAAGCGAGGGGUGUGCCAGAGAUUAACAGGCCUCCUUCAAGAUCAUCUCGAAAGGGUCCAGGACAACUACAUCUAUGAAGAAUAAGCAUGAAAUGUGUAUUUGUUGGAGUGGUAUAAAGUGUAAAUUGUAUAUCGUAGAUGUUACUCUUUCUCUUCAACCUAUGAAUAUGGGUGGUAGGUAUUGGGUUUUUUUUUUCUUUUAAAUCUUUCCCCAUUUCCAUGGUGGGACGUUGGAGGUAUUUGUUUCUCCAGAUGUUUGGUCUCUGUGGUUGUGUUAUUUUUAUUGAAAACCACAGGGCUUAAAGGCAUUGCAAUUACUGUAAUAAACAAUCUAGCCGUUAUGUUUCCAAUGGUUUUUGCAUAAUAUCACCAAAAACACAUUUGAAAACUUGAA